AGUUUUUCUAUUGGAUUAAGAACUGCUUUUUAGCUUCCGCCAUUGGUUUCUGAAAUCCAUCCGUCAUCUCUUUGGUUUUGUUGCGGUACUACGUUUGCUAGCUUAAGGACCCUCUCAGAACUCUUCAUUGUUUUCCACACACAAAUAAACUGCUGCCUUUUACUUCUGUUUACUGAAGCUUCUUAACCUCAGCAAGAAAAUAUUCUUUUUUUUUUCUGCUGGCUGUUUGCUUCUCUUCAAUUCUGAUUUGGGCUGUUGCAAAACCCAGAAGUUGGUUUAAUGAAAAGAUUAAAUCUUGGAAAGAUUUGGGGUUGACUUGGACUUGGGCUUGCUUCGUCCUGGUUUUGUUUAGUAUAUAUAAAAAGGCUAGGCUGCAUUUUGAAAUCCAUUUUCGAAACGCUUACAGAGUUAAUGGGUGAUUCUAUAGUAAAAGAGACUCUGGAGAGCCUUUCUUGCAACAACGGAUGGUCUUAUGGUGCUUUCUGGGGUUUUGAUCAGAAAAAUUCUUUAUUAUUGACAUUGCAAGACGUGUACUGUGAAGAACACUUGGGAGUUGUUAUUGACGACAUGCUCGUACAAGUUCACAUGCUGGGCCAAGGGGUCAUUGGCCAAUCUGCUUUUACCAAGAACCACAGAUGGAUGAUUUCUGAUUCUCAUUCUGGAAAACUGAGUCCCUCAGGAUCACUUCAGAAUUCUGAUGCCCUCCAGGAUUAUUCUGCGUUUCAUUGCCAAUUUUCCAAUGGGAUAAAGACAAUUGUUGUUAUCUCAGUGGAACCGCUGGGCGUGGUUCAAUUUGGAUCUACUCAAAAGCUUGCUGAGAGAUUGGAGUUUGUUACUCAAACAAGAGAACUUUUUCAAAGCAUCGAAAUACUUCAGGGGCUUGCUUUGUCGGAAAUUGAACCUUUGUCUUUGCAAAAUGAUGCUUGGGAAGCAAGUGGGUUGUUUGCUUCACUAAUUUCAUGUCAGAGUCCACAUUCUGCAACUCCUGCAUUUCAACAUGGUGAUAGCUGUGCAGAUUUAAUUGAAAAAGAUUGUUUGCUAGAGAAUAUCACACCGUCAUUUCCUUCCACUUCAGACUGUGAGACAACAGGCCCUCUUGCCACUGCAUCAUCACUAUGUGACAAUAGACUAAGAUUUCCUAGUACAGUAGCUCAUGUUGACAGCAAUGGCAAUAAAUCUAAUGUUUCUCCACAACAGUCACUUAUGGAGUCGUGUAGCUUGUUUGAGCACUCAGCUUCUCAAGGUCCUUUUAACUGUUCAUGGACUGAUUAUGAUAUUCAAGAGAGCUCAAUAUUCAAUUUAAUGUGUAACUUGGAGUCGUUUAUUGACAUGCCGAAGACCUCUCAACAGCUCUGUGAAAACAAGAUGAGCAAUCAGAAUCAUGGUCUGUGGUUCCACUCAGCUGAAGAUCAACUUCAGAGGCCAAGUAACCUUUGCACAUUUGAAGAGUUGCUGCCAGAAAUUGAAUUUGCAAAGUCUGUCUCCAAGCAUUGUAUGAAUGAUGACCUUUUCCAAUGGUUUUCUCCCAUGACAGACGAGAACAAUGACAUCAUGGAAGCAAAACUAAAAAGUGACCCAUCAGGCACAUCAGAAGUUAUUUCAUUAUCUUCAAAUUCCAAAGGACAUCAUGUUCCUACUAAUCUCAUCUUGGACAACCAGCCAUCCACCUCGGUACAAAGUUCAGUCACUAAUGCCAUAAAUUCGGCUGAAAAAGAGAAAGGUUCAGGUAUUUUUGGCAAUGAUAUGAGAUCUGAUUGUCCUAGAGUGGAUAUGGGGUCAAAAAACCCUGGAGAUUGGGAAGAUGUAAUGAGGUCAAUGGAUAUCAGUGGACACUUGCAUUUUUGUGCUUCCAGUUCAGACUGCAUGUCGGAGCAAUACCUUGAGUCCAAGCUUAGGACCUCAAACACAUUGUUCUCCCAAUUAGGACUUUAUCAGAGGUUGGAUGCAAUUGGUAGAGGAUCUUGUUCAGUUGCUAACUCUGAUUUUAGAGAUGAGUGGUCUUCAACAGCGAAAAGAAGGAAGAUUGAGAGUCCCUUGCUUUCUAGUAAUGAAGUGAGUUGUCUUCCUGAAUUUGUUGGAACUGUAAAUUCAUUGCAGCCAGUACAUCAUCUAAACAGCACAAGCAAUUUCGAAUCGAAAGACAAGGUUAUCAGAAAAAAAGAAGCUGGUUCAUGCAAUGAUGACAAUUGCAGUAUUAUUGCAGAAGACACUGUUUUGUCACCCAAGAAGCUUGAGCCGCCUGCAAAAACGAUAAAAAAGAAGGCCAAACCAGGGACUAAACCUAGGCCAAGAGAUCGACAGCAAAUUCAUGACCGUCUUUUAGAAUUGAGAGAUUUGAUCCCUAAUGGUGAAAAGAUGAGCAUUGAUCGGUUGCUGCAUCUGACUAUAAAACACUUGCUUUUCUUGCAAUGUGUCACAAGACAUGCCAAAAGAUUUGUACAGACUGAUGAGCUAAAGAGUGGAACGGUUGGGAAUGGAUACCCUAACAGUGGCAAUGGGGUUACAUGGGCAUGUGAAGUUGGAGAUCAAACGAUGUUUUGUCCAUUGAUAGUUGAGGACCUUAGCAUUCCUGGCCAGAUGCUUAUCGAGAUCCUAUGUGAAGAGCAGGGUUUUUUCCUGGAAAUAGUGGACAUAAUUCGUGGCUUUGGCUUGACCGUUUUGAAGGGAGUGAUGGAAGUUCGUGAGACCAAAAUAUGGGCGCGAUUCAAUGUUGAGGCUGAGGAAAAUCGGCUGCAUGUUACCAGGCAUGAGAUCUUUUCCUCACUUGUUCAGCUUCUACAAUUGACGGGUUCAACCAGGAUCCGUGAAAGUGACCAGCUUGACAAUGUUAUGGAUGGAGGAGCCGCUUUCUUGAAAAGUUGCCAACAAUCUGCUCUACAACUCGUAUCAGCACAGGUUGAUGCUUAAAUUUGAACCUUAUUUCCACAAUGGAGGCAGGCAUCUGCAAUUAGUUUUUCUCGUCUGGUGUUCGAGAAACUGAAGAUGGAAUGUCAAAUUAGAAGUGCAUGCACUAGAAUGAUGCUGAUUUUGCCCCCAGUGACCAACAGCUUCCUUGAAAUGGACAUGCCUUCUUCAAAUGCUUUUGGAAUACAUCCUUAAAAAUUAGCAUUACUUGCUAUAGAAGCUUUAGAAGAAUUUAAGUUUUCCCAAUCCGCUGUAUCCAUUUUGGACCUGCAUUUCAGGUCGUGGGAGAAGAGGGAUUCUAGAUUAGUGAUUCUUUGUUUUCCAAUUUUCCCUGAGCAGGGUGGGGGUGAUAUCUAGACCCCUAUCAGGCUGCAUAUGUAACAGAGAGGUUGAUAGAUUAAACGGUAAAUCACGACAACCAACGACAAUUUGGUUUGGUUGUAUGUUGCUAUACGGAAGAAGAGAUGUGUGUUUUUCCCUA